AUGACACUCAAGAAGAUCGACCACGACUUCAAAAACGAAUCGCUAACGUACGAUGCGACACCCAACAACCAGCCUUGCAUCAAACUGAGCUUCUUCUUCAACAAGCUACCAGACGUCUCCUACGAGCAGUUCCAUCGCCACUGGGAGACGGUGCACGCCGACUUGACAAUAGCCGCACGAGACUUCAAAGCAUGCAAGAUCCAGCGCUACGUGCAAUUCCACCAGCCGCCCGAGAUGAAGGAGAAGGCGAAACAGCUGGGUCUAGAGCACAUUGCCUUCGACGGCUGCUCUGAGAUCUGGGUCCGCGAGUGGGGUGACUGGAUGGCGUUCUACAAUUCACCGGAAUAUGCUGCGGCUAUGCAACCUGAUUGCAAGCACUUCAUGGAGUUCCCUAUCCACGUAAUGGUCGGGUACGAUACCUUGAUCUUCGGUCAUGCUAUUCCUGGCGAAGGUGGAAGGGACGGUGUCACUGCCCAGACUUUGAAGACUAGAUAG